AUGGUCGGAAUCCCCUUGAAUGGUUCAGUCUCGUUCGCGUCUACUGUCCCGGAUUCCCAUCAUACGUCGCAGACAACAAGGAAGAUGCCUUAUCAAACUUGCAAUUCUCCAAAUGCACCGUCGAACCCAGGCGAGAUGAAGACGCCAAGUCGGGCCAAUAGUAACCAAUCCCUGCAGAUCAAAGGCAGUGGAUGCGCCAUAGAUCGAGGGUUUUCCUUGGCACCUGGUGUCCAGAUCGCUAUGAUAUGCUUCUACGAGGUCAUGUAUGACUCUGCAACACAGACGACAGUGAUUGGUGCUGGUAGUAUUUCAGACAACAUCUAUGCAGUGCUGGGUGCUCAGGGUGUGAACGUAUUUGGGGAGAGAGUAAACCAGUUCACUCUCGGUGGUGGGUGUUUGUGGCUGAGAGACCAGUACAGGCUCCCUAUUGAUAAUGUGCUCGCGUACGAGUUGGUGGCGCUGAAUGGGACUGUGGUGACUGUGAAGGAAGAGACUGAUACGGAGCUUUUUCUUUUCAGCAGGAACAACUACAGUAUUGUCACUCAGUUUACCCUAAGGAUGUUCCCACAGAAUACCUUUUGGGGAUCCAUCUACGUCAAGUUCUGUUCAGAAGUGACCAAUCCCAAACCCGCAGUAUCAAUACCCAUCAUAUACAUAAAGUAUACGCCAGCGGUCAGGUCUUUAUCUCCACUUGAAUGUUCUACAAUGCCCCCAUUCCCCCAAACGGCAUAUUCGAUAAUUUCCUCAGCAUACCCAGCACGUUCCUUCAACGACUUCAUCAACUUGAUGUUUGUUUCCAUUGAUAACAGUAUGUUUGUUAACUUGCGGGAUUACUACCGGUUCACGAACCUGGCUAGGACCGUAUACAACAAUAUCGCCACACUUGAGUACUCCAAGUCUACCACCCAAUGCAUCAUCAAUGGUCUCACUCUACACCCUCGAAAACUUUCUCCCCAGCAUCCUCGCACACGCUCCCGCAAGCUUGCGCACCCACGUCAUCUUUUCUACUUGGAAUGGGUGAAGAAGAGGAGGAUGGGAACGGCCUGUGGAGGUACCCAAAAUGAUAUGCCGUUGGCGGAUAUGUUUGGUGAGGAGGGCGUGCGGACGAUGCAGGCUGUGAGGGAGAGGGCGGAUCCGGAGGGAGUGAUGCGGUUGACGAUGGGGUUCAAGGUGUAG